AUGACCGCGGACCAGUCGCCACCAGCGUUCGCGGAGAUGGGGGAAGAAAUUGCAAAGGGUUGGGAGUCGCUCCAGGAGGACAUGCAGCGGCUAAUCAUGGACCCGCCGGGGACGGAGCUCGGCGGCCGUGGGGGCCCCGAGGUUGAACAUCAUUCGCCCCGGUCUCUCGUCGACGACGGCACCCUUCUGCCUGUCAGCGAGCGUCCCGCGGGCACGACCGCGGAGGUCCAGGCCGAAGAACCCUUGAGGGACAUAGGGGAGAAGAUGGGGGGUUGGUUCAGGGCGUUUGCGGCGGAGAUUGCGGGGGUGUUCGACGACAGGGACGACCAGAGGGGGCGCGACAAGCCGUUCGCCCGAGGCGCGAGCACGGCACAGGACGGCGUGCGCGUCGGAAUCGUCGAGGACGGCCGGACACAGGGACAGACGUCCACGAUGACGACUCCGGACAGAAUGCACGCCGGAGGGGACGCGUCGAGCGCGGGUGAGGCCGGGCGACUGCGCCGGGGGGGUUUUGACGAUGAUCCUGGAAGGGGCGAUGACGAUGAUCCCGGAAGCGCGUCGCCCGGGCGGAUCGGCCCGAACGCGGGGUUCGAGCCCCUCUUUUCGGUGGAUGGCGUGGAACGAAACGCACCACCGAACGUCGAAACCCGCGGUGGGUACUACACGGAUGGGAACGAUCCGUUCGGGAACUACCCGUUCGUCUUGAACCGCUCCCUCGACGCCGUCCCGGUGACGCGUCGACCCGGUGACGCGUCGGGCUCGUUCGCGCUGGAGGCGCAGCGCCUGUGGGGCAACCCCGGGCGGUUCGUGUCGUUCGACGAUUGCGCGGAGGUCCUUUGGUCCCUGCCCGAGGCGUUACAGGCGUUACGGGCGUGCGACGCGGCGGUGUUCCGGUUCAACUUCCGGUACGUUUCAUCAAACGACUCCACCCCGGAGGAGCGACUCGGGGCUUGGAGGCGCGACGGUUCGGACCUGUGCCGCGCCACGCUUCACGCGCUGGUAUCGUGCGGUGGUCGAUUCGGGUCGUGCGUCGGGACGCCGUCGCACAGGGAGAGCCUCGUGAACGCGGUGGAGGGGUAUGUCACGGGUGGCAUCCAGGGUAAGGUUUUUCACGGGGUGAAGGAAACGUACGCCUCCGACGACGCCGAGGCUGAGCGGGCGCUCGCGGCGAUCGAGUCCCUGCCGCCCGGGGCGCUGGAUCUGCACCCGAGCCACCUGAACGCGGUGGACUCGUUCGCCGUCGGGACGAUACGAGGACUCGCCAACGCGUCCUGCCCGAGGCACAUGGCGACCGCCGUUUGCGACGUGGUGAGGCACCUGGCGGCUAACUGCGCCAGGCUCCGGUCGUGGCGGGAGGAAGAGGAGAGAUCCGGGGCUUCUCUGGGAGCCGGAGCGGCGAACGGGGACGACGUCGCUGACGGGGACGAGCCCGCACCCGCGCCGAGCACUGACGACCUGCUCUCGCUUCUCGUGGUGCUAGUGGCAAAGGCCAGGCUCCGGCAUCCGGUGUCGCUGGCGAUGUACAUGGACUCUUUCCACGCGCUCAUCGGAUCACAGCACGUCGGGGAGAUCGGGUACGCGCUGGCGAACUUCUACGGGGCGGUGCAGUACGCGCGGUCGGAGCCGAUGAGGGAUCUGCUGACCGAGUGGGGGAUACAUUUAGCCAAUUAG